UCGGUUUCCUCAAGAUGCCGGAGAUAUUUACGGUUUCGUACAUGGCAUUUCUGACCAUUACUUGGCUAACCGUCAAAGUAACUGCGAGCGAAGUCUCUCAAUUACCUCGGGUCCUGGAGGUCCCGGGUGGUGCGAAUGUUACCAUGUUCUGCAAAUUUCCACUAUUACAAGAUACUGUUGACGUUCGUUGGUGGAGGAAAGGCGAGAAGACAUUUUUAGAAAGGGACAGCAGAAGACAUUUUACUCUAGAGUGGGGAAGGGCAGAACUUGUACUCUGGAAUGUCAAGGCCGCCGACUCCGGAACGUAUUACUGUGAAGCAAAAGAUCAAGAACGAUCUUACGGGAAUGGAAGUGGCUCCAGGCUCACUGUGUUCGCUCCUCCAACGCCAUUGGAAAUUCUUCCUAUUGGAGGGUUUUCGUCUCCUCGAAAGCUUCUUUGUAAAACGGCUGCCUUCUACCCGGAGAAAUUAGAAAUCAAUUGGCAAAGAAAUAACAAAGAAAUUCGCAGUGGAAUAGAAAGUGUGACGAACCGGAGCGUGGAUGGAUUGUACGAAGCUUUUAGUUUAUUGGAAAUCACGCAGUCUACUUGGGGAGAAGAUGUCUACACCUGCCUGGUGUCACAUGUCUCCCUCACGGUGCCUGCAAGUUUCAGCUACAUCCUGGAGCAAGAUCCAGAAGACGCUGAAACUAAAUUAAUUCUGUCAUGUGUAGUGGGCGGAUCUGCAAUUUUAGCUCUGAUAAUAGUCUUGCUGAAAGUCAGUUUAAAGAGAUCGCACGGAAUCAACACAAGUUCUUUGGACAGAUAUCAGAAUGAAGAGACGACUAACAGAAAUGGAGCUGACAAACUGACUUACGCUGCUCUGCAACUUCCCAAUUCCAAGAACACCUCAGCAUCCACUCAUCAAAACGAACAUACAUUGUAAUCAGAUGUAAAUACAUCAAAGAAACUGUGAAGCUGAGAAUCCAACUGCAAUUUAGAGCUAUAGACAAUCAAUGAGUGCAGACCUCGGUAUUGCUUCUUUUAAUUUCUUGUAAUCAGACAAAGGUUGUUAAUCGAUAUAACAUUUAUAAUUUAUGAAGAUAAGGGAUCAAUACCGUCUUCGAUUUGUUGGAAGCAAUUAUCCGUGGAAAAACUGAAAGCAAGUAAUUCAGGAAUAAGAUUUGGAAUAAACGAUUCCGACUCUCUCUAGCGCCCAGUCAUAAUCGCCAUUGUACAGUCCCCGAUCAUUUCAGGAAAGAAAACUACUUUGCCUGAAGUACCGCCCCACACGCAAGAUUUUCUGUCCACAGUCCUCAGAGAAUGAAAAAAAAAUCAAGAGAUAGGUCACCACUAGCGAGAGAAACUUUGCUGCAGGGUUAAAAAAACGCCAACUGAACAGUUAUUCUUUGCACACAUGUCAACGUUCAACAGAGGGGAAUAUAUGUUUGAAGAUGUGAAAAACAUCGCAACAUGU